UUGAAAAAAUGGGAGAAAAGGAUAUUGUAAUACGAACAAGUUUAAGUGAUGAAUACGAAGUGAGAGAUAUUUUAGGACGAGGAGGAUUUUCAGUAGUAAGGAGAGGAAAAAAUAGAAGAACAAAUGAAGUUGUUGCAAUCAAGACUCUCCGGCGGUACGGGCCAGUACCGCCGGAGAAGAAAGAAAAUAAUAAUAAGUCGUCGUCAAGAGUAGUACCAGCUUUGAUAUGUGAAACUUUAUUGACAAAUGAAUUGUUAGUGAUGAGGAAGAUCGUUGAAGAUGUUUCUCCUCAUCCUAAUGUUAUUCAUUUGUACGAUGUUUGUGACGAUUCUUUUGGUGUUCAUCUUAUAUUGGAACUUUGUUCUGGUGGCGAGCUAUUUGAUCGGAUUGUUGGACAAGCAAGGUAUAAUGAGGCCGGGGCUGCUGCAGUGGUGAGACAAAUAGCUAAAGGACUUGAGGCGUUACAUGGGGCAAAUAUAGUUCAUAGGGAUUUGAAACCAGAAAACUGCUUAUUUUUAAACAAAGAUGAGAAUUCACCAUUAAAGAUUAUGGACUUUGGUCUUAGCUCUUUUGAGGAUUUUGCUAAUCCAGUGGUUGGUUUAUUUGGUUCAAUUGAUUAUGUUUCACCAGAAGCACUUUCAAGGGAUAAAAUCACUACUAAGACUGAUAUUUGGUCACUUGGUGUUAUUCUUUACAUUCUUCUUUCCGGGUACCCACCUUUCUUCGCGCCGUCCAAUCGUCAAAAGCAACAAAUGAUAUUAAAUGGACAAUUCAGCUUUGAUGAGAAAACAUGGAAGAAUAUAUCUUCAUCAGCAAAACAACUAAUUUCCAAUCUUUUAAAAGUUGAUCCCAACAUGAGGCCUACUGCUCAACAGAUAGUUGAAGAUGCAUGGGUGAGGGGAGAGUUAGCAAAGGAAGAAGAAAUGGACGCUGAAAUUGUUUCCCGUCUUCAAAGCUUCAACGCGCGGCGCAAGUUCCGUGCAGCAGCCAUGGCUAGUGUUCUCAGCAGUAGUUUUUCUUUGAGAAGUAAAAAAUUGAAGAAAUUAGUUGGUUCCUCAUAUGAUCUCAAGCCUGAAGAAUUAGAAAACUUGAGUCACAUUUUCAAGAAAAUAUGCAAAAAUGGAGAAAAUGCAACAUUGUUGGAGUUUGAAGAGGUGUUAAAAGCAAUGGAAAUGACAUCAUUAGUGGGAUUAGCAGAGAGGAUAUUUGAUCUAUUUGAUAACAAUCGUGAUGGAACGGUAGAUAUGAGAGAGAUAAUAGGUGGCUUCUCUAGUCUCAAGUAUUCACAAGGGGAUGAUGCACUUCGUCUUUGUUUUCAGAUGUAUGAUACUGAUCGAUCAGGCUGCAUUAGCAAGGAAGAAGUUGCAUCCAUGUUGAGAGCACUUCCUGAAGAUUGUCUUCCAAUGGAUAUAACAGAACCUGGAAAGCUUGAUGAGAUAUUUGAUUUAAUGGAUGCAAAUAGUGAUGGUAAAGUCACUUUUGAUGAGUUUAAAGCUGCUAUGCAAAGAGAUAGUUCACUUCAAGAUGUUGUACUCUCCUCACUUCGUCCUAAUUAAUUAUUACUAUAUUUUAAUUUGUACCACACUAAUUAUAUUUAUAAUCUCUAACUUUUCUUGUCAUUGAUUUUAUUAUCUUAAUCCUAUUAUCACUACGCAUAGAAAGAGCAUGAGUUAAUUGGGAAGCUUUAUCCUACAUAUAAAUAUAUUUUUCUUUUUCAUUA